GCGGGCGAGGCCCAGGCGCGCUUCGGGCACUCGGUGAAGGGGCUGCUGAGCGAGAAGGUGACCGGCUGCGGCACCGACGUCAUCGCCCUCACCAAGCAGGUGCUGAAGGGCUCCCGCAGCGCCGAGCUCCUGGGCCAGGCUGCUAGGAACAUGGUGCUGCAGGAGGACGCCAUUCUGCACUCGGAGGACAGCCUGAGGAAGAUGUCCAUCAUCACUACGCAUCUGCAGUACCAGCAGGAGGCCAUCCAGAAGAACGUCGAGCAGUCGUCCAACCUGCAGGACCAGCUGCGGCACCUCCUCAAAUGAGACGAGAGCCCCGAACUUCUGAGACCGCUGCCGCCAGGGUCGCUGCUAGGAUGUACCGUGUCGUGGGAGCUGCUGAUGCCCUUGCUCCUUCUGCUUCGGUGUUGAGGUGGCAUGCAGAGCUGAGCUGGAAGGCGGCUGGGGGCACCCACCCCCUCUGCUUCUCACACCCCCUCUCCCAUGGUUAGCUGCUCACUUGCAUUCAGUUUUGAGCGGACUUUACCCUGCCCCCCAGUGCUCGGUCUCUUCCCUGCGCAGCGCACUGCCUGAAGAGCUGCCCUCACCUCCUCCGGGCUGCCAUGGCCUGGCUAGUGGCGCCGCAGCCACGUGUUUAAUAUGAGCAGCCGGCUCAGCCCUUGCGUCUCCCACGGCCCCUCCACACUCGUUACACUCCUCCCAGCUGUGCUGGACCUGGUUUUUGCAGACCUCACAGGGUGGCCCCCAAACCCUUCACACGAGGUUACACGCCCCACCCUGUCAUGUGUAGGGCUGGCACUCACAACCCCCACCUCCAUCUCUGUGGCGUGCUAGCCAGAGAGACAAGCAGCUGCCUCUGCUCUGUGGCGGGGACCAAUGCUCCGGUGAUUAUUUUACAUGUGGAUGCAGGUAUUUAACGUGGGCCAGGGUCUUUAUAAUUGGGCGUCCAGGUAUACAGAGGAGCCGCGGUCUCUGCCAUAAUAAAUCUCUGUAGCAAGUGCCACCCGUACGCUGUUGUUCUGUCUUCCCGUGUGCUCUGUGCAGCCGGGGUGUGGACCGCGGGUCCUCGUGCCAGUACAUCUGCUCUCCGUUUUGGCCUUGAGCCGCAUUCCUCCUGUUCUGUGGCUCUUGAUUACGCAGCCUUGGCUUCAUUAUGCAACUCUGUACAGAAUCAGUAAACUAUUCAUGCCUCCAGCUGCGCGGGGCGGGCGCGCGGCUUCAAGAGAUGCAAUCGCCGCACCUGCCCCAUUGAAGCCGGCUGCCGUGUUUCCAGGGGCCGUGUGCGGAGGCAGGACGGGGUCCCAUUGAAAUCAGCCCCGGCGUUUUGGUGAAUUGCCUGCCCGGCUCCGGCUCCCCGUCUCUCCCCUCCCCCAGCCUCAAGUGUCUUCUUCACCGUCUCUUUUAUUGCAGCGUUGCUUGAGCAGGGAGCUCAGGCUGGCACGGGGCCCUAGUGUGGUGCAGUGCCCUGGUUUGGGGGUUUCCCACCCCCCAGCUGAGGGAGGCAUAAAAAGCACCUCAAUUUCCUUUAUUCUUCUCAAGGGACGCUGGUUCCUCUUGGAUUUCUUACCCCUCCCUUCUUUUUCCCCCACAGCAUAUGUCCUCAUUAGUUUCCAGCCCUGGACAUGACUGACCCGGGGUAACGGGGUGCGCGACGGCUAAAGGGGAGCCUGGACUUUGCUCCGUCCUUUUGCGCUGGUGGGGUGGGCUGGGCUGGUCGCUGAGACCCCGACAAGGAGGUAGAAGUGGCUGGGUGUCAUUCAGGAGCACCUGGACCCCCUGGCUUGAAGGGCGCCCACUUGCCUAAGGACAUCCAUCACCCGAACUAGUGCAGGGCUGA